ACUUGCUUAGACAAUAAUGCAAACGGCAAACCAGAAUUUGAGUCAAACACUUCCCUCCAGCUAUAUAUAGCUAGGUUUCCUUCCGUAAAUGGCUUCAGGUAGAUCUCAUUCCAGUCUCCGACACGACAUUGAUGCUACUCACGAACAUGAAUAUGGUUACCAUCCCAGUAAUCCUACACAAGUUCAUGAGAUUGAAACAGUUGCCAGAGGAGAUUCCUUCCAAAAUCAAAACCGGAACCAUGUAGUUCCGGUCACUGAAGGUGAUGAGGGUGCUUCGUUGACAUGGAAAGAUUUGUGGGUGACGAUACAGGGAAGAACCUGCAGAUCAAUCCUCCAAGGGCUAACUGGUUAUGCCACACCAGGACAGCUCUUGGCUAUAAUGGGUCCUUCUGGUUGUGGCAAGUCUACUCUUCUUGAUGCUUUGGCAGGGAGACUCAGUUCAAACACAAGGCAAACAGGGGAGAUCCUAAUCAAUGGACAUAAACAAGCACUAGCAUAUGGAACUUCUGCAUAUGUGACACAAGAUGAUGCUAUAAUCACAACAUUAACAGUUGAAGAAGCCGUAUACUACUCAGCUCAGCUGCAAUUACCAGACUCUAUGUCUAAGUCGGAGAAGAAAGAGAGAGCACUAGCGACAAUAAGAGAGAUGGGUUUGCAAGACGCCGUGAACACGAGGAUUGGAGGUUGGGGAGACAAAGGUCUCAGUGGUGGCCAAAAGAGAAGAGUCACCAUUUGCAUUGAGCUUCUUACACGACCAAAGCUUCUCUUUUUGGAUGAACCCACAAGCGGGCUUGAUAGCGCGGCGUCUUACUAUGUGAUGAGCAGAAUUGCAAAUCUUGGUCAUAUAUCUUCUCCAAGGACUAUAAUUGCUUCCAUCCAUCAGCCAAGCUCAGAAGUCUUUCAACUCUUUGACAAUCUUUGUCUGCUGUCUUCGGGUAAAACUGUAUAUUUUGGUCCCGCUUCUGCAGCGAAUGAGUUUUUUGCUUCAAGUGGUUUCCCAUGUCCAACUCUCCAAAAUCCAUCAGAUCACUUCCUCAAGACCAUAAACAAAGAUUUUGAUCAGGACAUUGAGCAAGGGAAAGCUGGAAUCACAACCACAGAGGAAGCCAUUGGUACUCUAAUAAACUCUUACAAAUCAUCUGAAAGUUAUCACCAACUUCAAAGACAUAUAGCUGAACUACAUAAGAAGGAUUGCGAACCAUUAGAAAGGAGAAGCCAUGCGGGCUUUCUUACACAAUGUUCCGUGCUUACAAGAAGAUCCUCCGUGAACAUGUACAGAGAUCGAGGUUACUACUGGUUGCGCCUUAUUAUCUACAUCGGUAUAGCUCUAGGCUUAGGCAUUGUCUUCCAUGAUCCUGGACAUACUUAUGGAUCGAUCCGGGCAAGAGGCUCUAUGCUUAUGUUUGUAGCUUCAUUUCUAACUUUCAUGGCCAUUGGUGGGUUUCCUUCCUUUGUUGAAGACAUGAAGGUAUUUCAACGAGAGAGAUUAAACGGGCAUUAUGGUGUUAGUGCAUUUGUUUUUGGCAACACCUUUUCCUCGGUGCCUUUCUUGAUGUUAAUUUCACUGAUUCCUGGAGCAACAGCAUAUUACGUUACUGGGCUUCGCAGUGGAUUUGAACACUUCCUCUACUUUGCUUGUGCACUAUUUGCUUGCAUGAUGCUGGUUGAGAGCCUAAUGAUGAUAGUUGCGAGCAUCGUGCCGACUUUCCUCAUGGGCAUAAUAGCUGGUGCUGGAAUCCAAGGUGUAAUGAUGUUAUGCGGUGGAUUCUUCCAGCUACCAAAUGAUCUUCCAGAUGUUGUGUUCAAGUACCCAUUAUAUUACAUUUCUUUCCACAAGUAUGCAUUCCAGGGAAUGUAUAAGAAUGAAUUUGCAGGAACAAGAUAUCCGAACGACAAUCAGCUCGGAAUGAGUUCCUCUGAAUGGCUCAGUGGUGAACGCAUUUUGAAAGAUAUAUGGCAGCUGGAAACCGGUUACUCCAAAUGGGUAGAUCUGGCUAUCUUGCUAGGAAUGGUAGUUCUGUAUCGAGUUUUGUUCUUCGUUUUCAUCAAGACCGCUGAGAAAAUGAAGACUAUUACCUCAUUUGUUCUGUCCGUGGCUCCCAAGCGAAGCACGCAAGUACUGGUGAAUCCCCCCUCUACUCCAUUGCAUGGUGACAGCGCUUAUAACAAUGCACGAGAACAGAACUGAAAUUAAUUGGAUCUUCUUUAAAUUAUCUCUCUUUAGAACCAUGCAGUAAUAAUCUAGUUUGGAGCCAGAUGAAGUUCUUACCUUUUUUAUUUUUUAUUUUAUUUUUUUUAUCAGAUAAACAACUCACACCACAAGGAAAAUUCAAUCAGACAACCGCUUUUCACUGUCA